AUGAAGAUGAAGAAGCGCGUCUUGUGUGUAUAUGAUGGCCAGAGAAGGCUAUGGAAAGAUGACAUGAUGCUCGACCAGGAGUUUGAAGUACGCACAAAGUUGCCUGAUGGCAAGUCGUACGUCACAGACUUGGACGUCCAGACCCUCAACCGCGCAGAUGCCCUGCAUGGCGCCACAAGGGAAGAGAGAGGCCCCUGGAUGCCCGACAACAUUGUUGGAGGCGUCAACGGUGUGGAUAUGGAGCCCGCAUCGCUGGACUGGGCUCUCUGA